AUUCUGUGUUGGAGCUUAGGAACGCCCUCCCGACUGCCUCACCAACUGGUUCUCCUCCCUCCGCCCCCCUUCCCCCGAUAACACCUCACCCAGCCUUACGCUCUUGGUAAUUCUUGGCCCCCCUUUCAUACGGACGUGAAGGCAGUUUCUCCAGCAGCACGGCGGCAUUCUUGUCGCAAAUCCGGGGGCGAGAGCGAGGAAGCGCACACACAAACGCGUGCAGGUGGAACGCGUCGACCUAGAAAUUUUUCGAAGACGCGUGGUUUUCGGUGAUCGGUUUUUCUUCUCUUUUUUCUUAUUGCGUGUUGUCGUCGGAGAGGAAACAUUCAUAAGAAAGAGCGUAUUUACAGUGUCCUCUUCAGUGACGGUGACAAUAAUCGACGGAGAGAAAAGGAGAAGAAAAGAAAAAGUAAAAAAAAAGAGAAGAGAGAAAAUUCGCGUCAUUAUUCAUACGCCUGCUGUCCCAACGCUUUGCUGAAGGUGAAGCGCACCGCAGACAGAGCGGAGUCAAGAACAAGUAACAUUUGGUUGAACAGACCGUAGAAAUGUUCCCACAUAUGUACAAAGUCAGGCCCCCGAAGUCGGCCCAGCGUCGGGAAUCGUCCGGCUCGGCGAGUCCGGGCACCGUCGCCGCCGACUGCGAGUGGCAGGGCGACAACUGGCGGCGUUCGAACCGCUGGACGCCCCCGUGGGACCAACAGGGCUCCGCGCCGUCCACGCCCCAGUCGGUGCCCUCCACGCCGCCACCCAUGCCGGCGCCGCAGCAGGAAACCAGCCUCAGCAGGAGUCCUACACCAUGGAGAAAGGAGGGGCAUCAGAGGACCGAGAGCCCAGGACCUCCCCAGCAACCGCGCCAUAGGUCUACGCUGACCUGGACCCCCGCACCCCCCUUGCCACCCGAGCAGAGGCAGCAGCAGCAGUUCCCACAGCAGCCGAGCCCCAACCACCCCCCGGGCCCACAAUCUUACCAACAACAGCAACAGCAGCGUCAGAGGCCCUCCGCGAUGGAGGACAGGCGAAAGCGAGACGCCGUGUACCUAGAGGAGCAGCAGGGCGAGAGAGGCCCCUCGAACAAGCCAAAGAGAGAGAAGAUGGUGAAGCUGCACAUCCCUCCCGCCGGGGACGCCUCGAACGACCUCAGCGACGGCAGGAGCACGACCACCCCCACCUCCCUCUUCCCGCGGAGGAGGCGAGAGAGGGACGACGCCGACGAGGCGGAGGAGGACGAGAACAAGCCCCCGGAGAAGCUCAGCAUCAGCUCCUUGAGGAACAGGUGGGAGUCGAAGAUCCAGGACGAGAACGAGCAGAAGGAGAAGAGGAGGAGCCUCAUCCUGAAGCAGCAGGGCAAGUUGGAGAAGGAGAAGAACGAGAAGGAGAAGGAGAAGGAAAGGCAGGAAGCAGAGAGGGAGAAGCAGCAGAAGGAGAGAGAGAAACAAGAACAGGAGAGGAAGAAUCAACUGGAGAGAGAGAGGCAACAGAAGGAGAAGGAGAGGCAGCAAGAGAGAGAAAGGCAAGAAAGAGAAAGGGAGAGACAAGAGAAAGAAAGAGAGAAACAACGAGAGAGAGCAAGGCAGGAGAGAGAGCGAGAAAGGCAAGAAAAUGAGAGAGAGAGGCAGCGAAAGGAGAGGGAAAGGCAACAGCAGGAGAGGGAGAGGCAAGAGCGAGAGAAGCGCGAAAAGGAGAAAGAGAAGCAGAACAGAGAAAGGGAGAGGCUGAACAAAGAGCGAGAGCAGCAAGAGAAAGAGAGGCGGGAGAGAGAGGCGCUCAAGGCCAAGCGGGAGAAGGAGGCCGCGAGCGAAGAGAAGGAGCGGCAGAGGGAAGGCGAGGAGAUGCCCAGGAGGAGGAGCAGCUUCCUGGACGAGGUGCAGCUGCGGAAGGUCAAGAAGAAGGAGGAGCCGAUCCAGCCCAAGAAGGAAGUCAGCAUCCUCGACCAGGUGCAGCUGAGGGAGGUAAAAAAGGAAGAGAAACCCGCCAAGAAGGAAGAGAACUUUCUGGAGAACGUGCAGCUAAGAGAGGUAAGGAAGGAGGAGCCGCCGAAAAGACAAGAGCCGGCCGGAGACAGGUACAGCCUCGAUGAAAUAGAGAGAAAGCUAAAGGAGCUCGAAAGAAAGCAGAGUGACCAAGCCCAGAACAAGCAACAGUCAGACGCCCGUUUCUCCAACAAACAGGCCACUUCCGACAGAGAAAAGAGCGCAUCUGAGAACGUAGCCAUUCCCAGAGUCAGAGAUGACAACAAAUCAAGGAUGUCGUCGGGGAAGGUCAAUGGAAGGGCAGAAGAGGAAGAGGAAGAAGAAGAGAGCGAGGAGGAAGAGGAAGAUGAGGAAGAUGAGGAAGAGGAAGAGGAAGAGGAAGAAGAGGAAUCCGAGGAAGAAGAAACCGUUGCAGAACAGGCAGCGCCCAGAACACGCCAGGCAAAUGCACAGAAGGCGACUGCACCCCCACCGCCACCAGCUCCCCCUAAAAAAAGUCCAGCAAUACCCGAAGCUCCCCCAAUGCCCGGCGUUCCCCCGCCUCCCCCACCCAUGCCGGGUAUGCCCCCACCCCCGCCCCCACCAAUGCCCGGAAUGGUCCCUGGCGAGAAGAAGAUCUCGGAGGCCAAGAAGUUCAAGCUGGACCAAAUCAAGCGGGCGGCGAGGACCAGGCCAGAUUGGAACACCUUGCUCAAGAAUAUUGAGGGCGGCGUCAAGCUCAAGCACCUUUCCCCCUUCGAGAAAACGGACAGAUCCAAGCCCAUUUUGCCUUCGUCCCGCGGCAAAGGAGGAAAGUUUGUGUAUGAGUCUGAGAAGCCCCUCGCCCACAACGAACUCCUGAGGGAGAUCCACAGGGGCGUCAGACUCCGGAAGGCCAGGACGGACGACAGAAGCAGGCCGGAUUUCAAGGCUCUAGGCCUGAAGAAGCUGCGUCGGCAGCGGACUAUGGAGGAGGUGAAGGACCCAAUGGAGGCGAUGCCGUCGUCCUCAGACGAAGAGGAGGACAUCGACACCAUGAGGGACGACCUCCAGGCCACCAAGAGCCAACUCGCCGAGGAGAUCAAGCAAAGGAAGAAGAUCGAGCGCGAAAACAAGAUUUUAAAGAUCGAUAUCGAGAGCUUGCAAGCGGAGGUGAAGAAGCUGAAGCGGCAGCUGAAGGAGGCCGGAGCGGUGGAGCCGAAGCCCCUGAAGAGCAGCGAGGCAGAGGAAAUCGUGCCCAAGCUCGAGAAAUCCAUGAGCAAACUGCGCAUGCGCGAGGACGACCUCGACUUCUCCGAGCUGGACACUCUGGAGACCGAGAUCAACAACCUGAAGCGGGAGGUCGACUUCCACAAGAAGCAAGCCGAGGAUUACCUCACGCGGUACGACGAGGUCACGCAGAAGCUCAUCGUCUCCGAGAACAGCGCGGACGAGUGGGAGCUGCGAGGCAAUUACUACGAGAAGAAGUACAAGGCCUUGCAGAAGGAGCACAACAUCGAACUGCCGGACAUCGACACCAUCGGCACGCAGACGGACCCCGUGGACUUCGUGGAGGCGCCGCCGUCGUCGCCCGUGGACGCCGACGACGACGACGACGACGACGACGCCAAGGCCUUCCCCGUCCCGUCCAAGUCAGGCUCGCGAAGGAGCUUUGCGUCCUCCGUCCACCGGAUGGAGAGCUUCAAGGAGGAAGAUGAGGACGAGGACGAGGACGAAGAUGAGGAAGAAGAGGAGGAGGAAGAAGAGGAAGAGGAAGAGGAAGAAGAGGAAGAAGAGGAGGAGGAAGAGGAAGCAGAAGAGGAAGCAGAGGAAGUCGACGAGGAAACGGCAGCGGAGAGAAGAGCCGAGAAUGCACAGAAGAAGAAGGACAGAGACCUGAAGCUGUGGCAGAACAAGCUGGAGCACAUGAAGGACCGCGAGACGAACAUCCGCAAGGAGAGGAACAGCCUGAGGGAGAGAAUAAAGAAAUACUUCCGCGACAUCCAGGCCGAGAGAGAAGGCUACCUGAAGAUCAAGGCGGAGAUCGACGAGAUGGCGAAGGCCAUGAAGGAGGGCGUGGAGAGCGAGCCGGAGUCGGAGUCGGAGGAAGACGAGGAAGAGGAGGAGGACGAGGACGAGGGGGCGCCGCCAGCAGACCACGAGGACAACGCUGGCUGGUGGUUCGACGAGCCCAACCAGAAGCCAAAGAAGCUGAAGAAGAGAAAGAAGAAGAACAACCGCGAAGAAGAGAGGGAGGAAGAGGAGAUGGUGGAUUUAUCGCAACUCGUGGAACCGGAAUGGAGCGACAGCGAAGAGGAGGAGAGUGAGAGCGACAACGAGGAGAACGAAUUCGAGAGCAGAAUAUCCUGCUUGCAGGAUCGGACGAAGAAGCACGAGCUGUCCAUGAACGCCAUGAAGAAGGACAAUUACGUGCUGAAGGCGCAGGUGGAGCGGUGCGAGGAGAUGUUCGACGUGGAGAAGAGACGACACAAGCGGUUGAAUGAGGAACUUCACAUCAUGUUAUCGGAACUCUCGUAGCCUCUGUCCCCUUCGGUCUACGAUUUUUUUUUAGGUUUCUCACUUUGCCUUAGUCUUUAUUUCUCAUCUUUUUCUCUCUAGGAUAUGUAAUAAAUGACUCAAAUUUUUAUUUUAGAUUUGUAAGUAGAGAGUAUAAAUGCUUCUUCGUUUUGUUGUUGUGUAUAUGAACUGGUUAUAUGAACGACGAUGUGAAUGCGUAUUACACUUUUUUAGUAUAAGCAAAUGUCUGCUUUGUUCUCCACCGUGUGGCAGCUUCAUAUUGAGUGCAGAUAUUGUAACUUUUAAAUAGCAUUAGUCUUUUUAUCGUAUGCAUUCUGCUACAUAUACUGUAUUUGGAAACAAAAAUUCCCUUCUUCCCUUAUUUGCAGUAAUAAAAAUGCUAAACAGACACGCCUGUGCAUAUUAAAAUGGAAGAGAAAUUUAGAUAAUGUGAGAAAUUAAUAGAAGAAAAAGUAUACCGAGUGUAACACAAGGAUGCGUGCUCGAACAGAACACCCUAAGGAUCAAGCAGAUGUCCUUCAUAGGUUCUGCAACAGCAUCCAUGGGACCAAGGCAAGGCAGACCGUGAUAGCUGUUGCAAUUCUCCAGAACUUGGGUAUUUCUGCCAUUUUAUUGGAAUUAUUUAUGUUCCAUUUUUAUUACAUUAUUUGGAAUGCAUUUUUUUUUCAUGUGUGGCAAGAACAAUGGUCGGUUAAAAAAGGUAAUCGAAAUAUCCUUUGUAUUUCAUACAUCUUUAUCAUUAUUUACUUAUUUUUCAAAUAUGACAAGCGAAGUAGCUCAUUCCCAAAAGAAGAAAAAUCAAAUCAAACCAUGACAUCGAAUCUAUUACUUUUCAUGUUUUUUUUUGUUUUUUUUUAUUAUAUAAGUAUGCAUCAUCAUUCUUCCUUCCUUCUUUUCCACUUCUCUUCUCUCUUCCAAGAACAGCUUCUCUCUAAAACGAGUUGAGUGUAUGGUGUCCUGUUGUCCGAUAGCGUCUAACCAAUGUCAAUCUCUGAAGGUGCGUCUCACUGCCACCUCCCCCAGCGGGAACAGGUCGGCCGGCAAUUCAAUACUUUGUGUGUAGGCACUAGAAGCCUUUUCAGAUUUUUAAAAAGUUUAAUAUGCAUGACAUUUUACAACUAAAAUAGAUUAUGAAUCUAAUAAAUUAUGGCAGGAUCAU